UCCAAGUUGGUUUAUAAAAGAUUGGAACGGCGUUGAAGGAGUCAGUUCCUUCUAGAUGCCAGCGACGCCAUUAAAUAUUCCAUGCCCUUCAAGCUCUCGUCGCUCAUCAGCCAUCAGCAAUGGCGAUGGCUCCUUCAAGCUCCAGUGCAACUUCAUUCUUCCUCUUGUUCUACACCCUUUCUCUUUUUCUUCUCUCCUUCACCUCCGCAGCAACGUCAACUGACACAAUCUCUGCACAACAUUCUCUGACCGGAAACCAUACCAUCACCUCCGGAGUCGGCACGUUCGUGCUCGGCUUCUUCACGCCACCAGGCAGCGGCGGCAACUACUACAUCGGCAUCUGGUACGGUAAGGUCUCUGUGCUCACCCCCGCGUGGGUGGCCAACAGAGUCACUCCGGUCACGGACCCAACCAUGUCGGAGCUUAAGAUCUCUAAUGAUGGCAACCUCGUCCUCCUCGACCAGUUCAAAUCUAUCAUAUGGUCCACCAACGUCACCGCCAUCUCAUCCUCCAACUCCACAGUCGCCGUCAUCCUGGACAAUGGUAAUCUCCAGCUCAGGGAUGGAUCCAACUCCUCGCUCGUCUUCUGGCAGAGCUUUGAUCACCCAACUGACACUUGGCUUCCUGGUGCCAAGUUGGGGUUCAAUAAGAUCACCAAAAGAUCCCAACACCUCACUUCCUGGAAGAAUAAAGUUGACCCUUCUCCUGGGAUCUUCACCUUUGAGAUGGAUCCGACUGGAAGCUUCCAAUACUUAUUUUUAUGGAAUUUGUCUCGGAUAUAUUGGGCUAGUGGACUGUGGAAUGGCCACGAAUUUAGUUCAGUCACUGAGACCCCAUCAAAUUAUAGGGACGAUAUGCAAGUAGUCAAUCAUACAGAUGAGAUUUAUAUCACAUACACGGAAGGUGCCAGUAAUCUCACGUCUAGACUAGUACUGGAUUAUGAUUCCGGCCAGAACCAAGUACUGGUGUGGAUGGAGAUUUCGAAGUCAUGGAUGCUAGUCUGGUCUCGACCAAGAAGCAAGUGCACAGUUUAUGCAGUAUGUGGACCCUUUGGUAGCUGCAGUGACUUCACAAUCACAGCCUUCUGCAACUGUGUUAAAGGUUUCAGGAUCAAGUCUCAGACAGAUUGGGAUUUGGGUGAUAGAAGUCAGGGCUGUGAGAGGAAGACUGGUUUACAAUGCAGUGGUCUAAACAACGAUUCUGCCGAUUCAGAGAAAGAUGGCUUCUUUGAGAUGCCAAAUGUUAGGCUACCUGAUAACCCUAACACUUUGGCCACGGUUGCAAGUAGGGAAGGCUGCGAGUUGGCUUGCUUGAGUAAUUGCUCUUGUAGUGCUUAUUCCUACAACGGUAGUGGCUGCUUUGUUUGGCAUGAAGGGUUGCUGAAUCUGCAAGAACAAUAUAAUCAAUCUGAUGCAGGUACUCUUUACCUACGCUUGGCUGCCUCGGAGUUGCAAUAUUCUGAGAGAAACAAGAAGAGAGUGGUACGUUUGGUUAUCAUCAUUGUUAUUGUUCUGGCCAUCUUGUUUUCUAGCGUUCCUGCCAUUUUGAUUGUGGUAAAGAAGCGAGAAAGUAGGCGGAUGAUUGAGAAAGCAAAGGCUACGCAGAGUCAUCUCGUCUCGUUCACAUACAGUGAGCUGCAACAAGCCACACGGAAGUUCUCAACGAAGCUCGGGAGAGGAGGCUUUGGAUCAGUGUUUAAAGGGUCGUUGCCGGGGUCAAAUGAUAUAGCUGUGAAGAAGCUGGAAGGCCUUUGUCAAGGAGAGAAGCAGUUUCGGACGGAGGUGAGCACUGUCGGGAGGAUCCAACAUGUCAACCUCGUUCGUCUACUUGGAUUCUGUUCUCAAGGAUCGAAGAGGCUUCUCGUGUACGAGUUCAUGUCAAAUGGCUCCUUGGACUCCCAUCUCUUCCACAACGCCCCUUCCUCUCAUUUGAACUGGAAGACAAGAUACCAAAUUGCAAUCGGCAUCGCGAGAGGAAUUGCCUACCUACACGAGCAAUGCAGAGAGUGCAUCAUACAUUGCGACAUCAAGCCGGAGAACAUUCUCUUGGAUGCUUCGUUCAAACCCAAGGUGGCAGAUUUCGGUCUCGCGAAGCUCAUGGGAAGAGACUUCAGUCGAGUCCUCACGACCUUGCGAGGGACCAAGGGCUAUCUCGCCCCCGAAUGGAUUACUGGCGUCGCCAUCACUGCAAAAGCCGAUGUCUAUAGCUACGGAAUGGUGCUGUUGGAGAUCAUCUCCGGAAGGCGAAACUUGGAGCAAACAACAGCAGAGGAAGAUGGCACAAGGUAUUUCCCAACGUUUGCAGCGAGCAAAAUGAACGAAGGCGACGCUGCGGGUGUGCUGGAUAGCAAGUUGGGGCCUGAAGAAGUUAACAUGGAAGAGAUGGACAGAGCUUGCAAGAUAGCUUGCUGGUGCAUUCAGGAUGACGAGAGGUGCAGGCCAACGAUGGGGCAGGUUGUUCAAGUGCUCGAGGGGAUCAUCGAUGUCCAUCCGCCUCCCAUCCCAAGAUCACUUCUGCUUUCUUCUGAUGUUCCUCAGCCUAUCAAUUUCUUCUUCGAGUGCUCAUCAAACCGAAGCACUCAGGCAGCGAACACCACUUCAAAUUGCUCUGAGACCGGAAGCCACACGUCAAGUAGCUCUGAUAAUAAAUGAGAAAUCGUAUGGAAAAUGCAAAAUCAGUAGUUGAAUUAGAAUCAAUAAAUUUUGUUAUAAUAAAAAGGAAAGAACUAGCAGAUUACUUCAAUACAUGUAGCUGCAAGCAAGCAGAGAUGUGUUUCUGCUGUAGGUUGUUGCUGAUUGCCUUGUAGAAUCAGUUGUUUGGCUUCUUUGUUGCUGGUAAUCAAGUGAAUUGAUUGGUCACUCCUAAUUUUUUUUACUUUUAAGAAAAAAACUUGGACUGAAUGACUGAUGAGUCAAUUGUUUAGUGGCCUUCUUUUCCCAGUUGUGGACUUUUCUUCAGCGUGUAGAGCUGUAGUAUAGUUUAGUGGUUAGACUGAUGAGUCAAUUGUUCUUUCCAUGGCAGGCUCACAAAUGUUCCUCUCUUUCCUUAUUUCAUUC